GGGGAGGAGGCUCCUGUGGGGGCCGGCUUGGAGUGGGAUUCGACCCGCGGCGCUGACCGAGUGCUGGACCGACGGCGGUCGGGCACCCGGGUCUGUGCGCACGGCUGCUCCGGGUCGCCCCGGCCGAGGCGCUGGCCACGGUAGACCUCAGGGAGGGCUCGGGCUGCCGGGCCGGGCGCCAUGUCCAUGGAGGACCCCUUCUUUGUAGUGAAAGGAGAGGUACAGAAAGCAGUCAACACUGCCCAGGGAUUGUUCCAGAGAUGGACGGAGCUUCUGCAGGGCCCCUCUGCAGCAACGAGGGAAGAGAUCGACUGGACCACCAACGAGCUGAGGAACAACCUCCGCAGCAUAGAGUGGGAUCUGGAGGACCUGGAUGAAACCAUCAGCAUAGUUGAAGCAAAUCCUAGAAAAUUCAACCUCGAUGCGACUGAAUUGAGCAUAAGAAAAGCCUUCAUCACAAGUACUCGGCAAAUUGUCAGGGACAUGAAGGAUCAGAUGUCAGCUUCAUCUGUGCAAGCGUUGGCAGAAAGGAAAAACAGACAGGCACUACUAGGAGAUAGCAGCAGCCAGAAUUGGGAUGCUGGAGUGACGGAUCGAUAUGGGCGCCUUGAUCGGGAGCUGCAGCUGGCCAACUCCCAUUUCAUCGAGGAGCAGCAGGCACAGCAGCAGUUGAUUGUGGAACAGCAGGAUGAGCAGUUGGAGCUGGUCUCUGGCAGCAUCGGGGUGCUGAAGAACAUGUCCCAGCGCAUCGGAGGGGAGCUGGAGGAACAGGCAGUCAUGCUGGAUGAUUUCUCUCACGAGUUGGAGAGCACUCAGUCUCGACUGGACAACGUGAUGAAGAAACUUGCAAAAGUGUCUCACAUGACCAGUGAUCGGCGCCAGUGGUGUGCCAUAGCCAUCCUCUUCGCGGUCCUGCUGGUCGUGCUGACCCUCUUCCUAGUGCUGUGAUGGUGGUCGCCUUGGCGCUUCUGCACGAGGACCCAGGGAAGAGGAGCAGCAAGCACUCGGCCACUUACAUUCCUCUCCCAGAAACACACCUCCGCCCUGCUUCCUCUGUGACUCCGGCAUCCAUCGGGACAGCCUUCUCUCCCAGCAUUCAAAGGGCAGGCUUAGAAGAAGGAGGAGGUGACCACAUGCCCGGCUGGACAGCAGAAGCCCUUGGCUGCCCAUUCUUCCUGAGGACAGCAAGCUCCUGCUUUGCCUUACUGGACCUCGCUCCUUGAGGAAAGAUGGAAGGAAGGAAGGAAGGAAGGAAGGAAGGAAGGAAGGAAGGAAGGAAGGACGGAAGGACGGAUGGACGGACUCCGAGUCAUCAGAAGAACUAACAGCCCCACUUACUCCGUUGCUCAUUCUGCUGGUCUCUGGCAGCCUUUCUUUCUGCUCAGACCCUUUCCCUGCUUAGAUGGGUGCCACUCUCCCUUCAGAAGAGGCCUGGCAGGAAUGCGGGCGUCUAGGGUGUAUGCUUCCAUUGCUGUUAUGUUUCUUAGCCCGAGAGCUGGCUGCUGCUGAGGACAGAAGGCUCAGAAUCACUUCGUGACAGAAAUGCAGUGUUUCGUUUUGCUGGGUAAGAGCUGAGAUUAAAUUGCUUUCCCGGGUGUCUUUGUGGCAGGGAUAAGCGAUAGGAAAUAGUGAAAUCCCUGGGGAUUGGGGGUGCAGAUGACAAAAGGCUUUAAAGGACUGGGGCAGUUGAGAACAGCAGCACCUGCGUUGGUCUAGCCUAGUGAAGGACUGGUGAUCCCUCUCAAGGCCUGGACAGAGCACCAACCUGGUCUGUCCCAGGGCUCUCUCUCCAGAGGUGCAGCUUGCAUACGUAGAGCCCCUCAUACAGUGUGGAACAGCAUACACCACUCGGCCAGAUGGGCAUGCCUUCUUCUCUGAUGUGUUUAUUUCGAUGGCUCUCAGACGAGGUCGAAGGGUCAGCACAGCUACCACAUCUGUGCAGAACCCGUUCUGACACAGAAAGCUGCUUCUGAGCCAGCGGUCCUUACUCUGUGAGUAAUAGCAUGGAGGGGUAAGAGAGCUUGUACUCCGUUCUCUAAGGUGACAACUUGACUUCAUCAUCCAUUGGAAUCACUGAGGGAGUCCAAAUUCACUGACAGAUGCUUCAUUGGGUUGAAGUAGCUGAAACUGCUGACACUCCACUUGGGGCUUUGGACCUCAGACGUGCAGAUGUAUGUGGGAUUUCUUAUACUGUCCCAAAUGCAUGGCCUGGAAUUGAAGUAGCUGUCAGGUCCAGAGCCAGCCUUUCACACUGGGGCUGCCGCUCAGUCUUCUGUGCAGGAAGAGCAGCGUCUGGACAGUUUGAUCUUUGACCUCUCUUGCUUUACCUUUCUGUGCAUUCCUUAGCAUGCCAACUUUAAAAAGAGCCCUGGGUUGUUCAUAUGCCUUGGGAUUUCGACUUUUGGGCCUUUUUUGUUUGUUUAUUAUUUCCAAUGAUGUGCUUGCCCAGGUAACUUUUAAAUUGCACUUUUAAAUAAAUAUUUGUAACAAUUUUUAAAAGAAGAAUAUUUUAUCUUGUUUAGGAUCGGGAUAGGUAAGAAAAUCUACCUGUUGGUAAAAGCUAAAAGAUUAAUAUACCAAAAGGAGGUCAGUACCACGGCUACGCACAGCUCUGGUGUUUGAUGCAGUGGUGUUCUUUCUUUUCAGAUGAGGAGAAAAUGUGAAUAUUACAAAGGGCUUCAAUAUAGGGUUCUGUGUUACUUUUGUUUCAUGAAAUUUUAAAGUUUUGAAUAGUCUUCUGUGAACGUAGACCACGGAUAGUCCUCAGAUUUGCAUUAAAAUAUAGAAGCCUUUUGUCAAAAAUCAAUGUGGGCCUUGUCUGAGUACUAUAACCCACACUCCACAUUACAAAGCCGUGAACAGUCUAAGAAUUAAAAUUACCCUACUUAAAGCCAUGUUAUCUGCUGGUAGAGGAGAGUCAGUUAGACCCAUUCAGAAAGCAAUCCUUUAGUAAGAUUCCCACAUCAGGUCAGAGACUUGUGACUCUGGCUUUAACUUUUUGGAUCUAUUUUGAGUUGGAAUGGUGACCUCACUGAUUGAAGGUAUUGGCUGAACAGUGUUGUAGACUUGAAAACAGGCUGGGACUGAAUGUGGAGUGUAGACAGAAAGUAACUUCUCAUGCAGGCGCUCCCUCCCUGGGCCACGCAGUCCUGCAGCAGCUGCCUUAGUCCAGGCCAGCCUGUUGUGCCCUGCCUGGGGAGAGCCAGGGAAAAGAGAACAAGGACAGACAUGUCUUCUGUAGUGACCCAGAGAGUGACGGUUCUUCCACCAUUUGUCCUAGAAUAACUAGGGAAGGAACAACAGGGAUGGCCCAUGCUGCCUAAGAGUGUCCCUUACAGAUGUACUCCCCCAGCCCCACCCCGUCUUCUGCACUGGGUUUCACGCCCAUCACAGUUAAAGCACUGGUGGAAUAAUGUGCUGGCUAACUGGAAGAGCUCAGUGUGCUUACUGGAAGAACACUUACCUAAUGGACCAGGGAUGAGACUGCGGACAGUCCACGGAGAGCAUCUGCCAGAGUGCAGAUCCCAAAAUACCUUUAGUUCUCAGCCCUUUAUUUUGAUCUUGUCUUUGUUUGGGCUGGGAAAUCACAAUGCUAUGACUGCCCUGGACUGUGAGGCAAAUGGAACCGUCAUGUCUGCCUGGGCACGCAUGUUGUGUUUUCCUCAGUUUCAGAAUUCACACCAGAGCUGAACCAGGAGAAUUUGGCAACUUGCCCAUUAUUCUCUGCUUUUAGCCAGAGUUAAACAGACUGAUGGGUCUGGUAGCCAACAACUUGGCAGUUUCCAUGCCUUCUCACCUCGUGCGGGUAAGGGCUGUGAAGAGAAAUCCAGUCUGAUUCCAACAGAAAUCUGCUCUGUUAAGUGUUUUACCUUCUGUAAGUAAAGGAGGCGGAGCCAAGGUUUUUCUUUUGGUGAUUUCUCUGCCCACAAAGUGAGGCCAGAGGGGCAUUCAUAGCAUCUGCAGGCCCAAGGCUUGGGGAGGGAUGAGUUGAGGUCACCACUGUGAACUCGGUGCGGUUUGGCUUCACUUUGUGCCACAAAGUGAAUUUGUAACCAGAACAGAAUUGGACUAUCUGGAAAGCGAGUUAUAAGACGUGGAGUGCAGCAGCUGUCACUUCCUCUGCCUCCCUCUGACUGCAUAGCCUCCCUCCCAAACUGGUAGGAAUGAUGGGCUUCUGUUUAUCUUUUAAAAGUGUACUUUGUCCACAGAGAGUAGAAAGAAUGUAAGACUGCAGCUCGCAAAUGUGUCAGCCCUCACUGUGCACCCCAGUCUCAAUUCCUGAAGAGAAGACUCCCCAUCAAGAGGCCUUACCAGGUCACUGGAGACUCAGCCACAAGAUCCUCCCUGAACCCUCCCUUCUGGGAGGGGCCUAGUAAGCUAGGAGGUCGUCUGUCUUACAUGUCCAGUUGCCCUUACUCAACUCUCAACCUUCAAAAAAAUCUUACCCCAGUCUCUUAUAACUGGGGACUAGGGGGAUGGGGGGAUGGGAGAGCUGGCUGCCAAACCAGUGACCUGAUUGUGAUCCCCAGAACCUACCUGGUGGAAGAAGAGAGCCACGCCCAUAGUUGUUGUCCCCUCCCCAUCCGUGCAGUAUUGUGGGUGCAUGCACAUGCACAUGCACAAAUAAAUCAGUACAUAAAUGUACAUUCUUUAAAAGAAAGGAUGACAUUGGUCUGUUGUGAAUAAACGUGAGUGCCACUGUCACCUGCUUCUUACUAA